AUGUCCACCUUCAAAGUCAUCAUAAUCGGCGGCGGCCUCUCCGGCAACGUCCUCGCCAACGGCCUCAUGCAAUCCAACAUCGAAGUCCAAGUCUACGAACGAAUGUCCCAACACAGCCGUCGCGAAGGCUACCAAAUCCGGCUCGGAGAAAACGCCCUAAUCGGCAUGCGGGCCUGUCUCCCCCAAGAAGUCCUCUCCCGCGUCAUAAGCAAAAUGGGCCGCCACGGAGGAAAACGAGAUUUGGCUCCUGUGAUUUAUUCGACUGGGUUUGAGAAACUUUGUGAUUUGAGCAAGUUGCCGGCUUAUCCCAAGAGUGCGCCGAUUAACCGGGGAGUGCUGAGGGAUGUUUUGGCGGAGCCGGUUGAGAGGGCGGGGAGGAUGGUGUACGAGAAGCAGUUUGAGAGGUAUGGAAUUGUGAAGGAGGAUCAUGGGGAACGGGUGAGAGUUGUGUUUGGGGAUGGGACGAGUGAGAUCUGUGAUAUUUUGAUUGGGGCCGAUGGGUCGCAUUCGAGGGUUAAUGCUACGCUUGGACUCAAGAAUCUUAGAGCUAUGGACGACAAGAUCUCGUUUAUCGUCAAGAGUGAUCUGAAGACUGCACAGCUCUUGACCAUGAGUCAUGAGAUUCUGCAGACUUCUCUUGCAACAAUGGAUGAUGAGAUGGUGUUGUUUUGGGCUACAUAUUUGCCAGACAAAGUCGACACCUCCAAUGCCGAAGCCAUUCGCCAAUACCAAAAAGACAUACCUGUCGACGAUGAGAUGUCUUCAUGCAUGCUCGUCAUGACCUUCCUGUCGAAAGUCGUUCCAGAAGGCAUUGCCUCAGCUUCAAGCGAGGAGAAGUGGGAGUUCAUGCGAAAGAAGAUCGCCAAUUGGUCACCUUACUACACCGAGGCGAUGAACGCAGUGAAAGGCGAAGACAUCUACUGCUUCACCCCACGAGAGAGCUCAGAACCUGCAUUAGGUUGCAGAGACCAAGUAGCGAACCCUGAGAUACCGGAACGCGGACAUCCUCGUGUGUGGUUGUUGGGAGAUGCGAUUCAUGCAAUGCUUCCAGGACGAGGCAUGGGAGGCAACCAAGCCAUCCUGGACACAUCCGUCAUGCUUCCGCUCCUAAAACAACUCGCCGAAGAAUCGACAUCUUACCUUCCUGAGUCACGAAUCAGGAAAGCAUGCAAUGAUUGCGAAAGGCAGGUUAUACCAAGGGUCUUCCCAUGGGUCCGGAAAAGCAGUCAAUUGUCGCAUGCCUUCGACAGCGGUAAGCUCACGACGAGGCUGAUGUUUCGUGCGAUCAAUCUUGGGGUACUGCUGUUGCGGGCUGUGUAUGCUGUGGUUGGGGUCUUUGUUGACAUACAGCCGGCUGUCCCGCCUGAGCUGGAGAACUGA